AUGAAGAUGAUGUUGAGAUCAAGGACAUUGGAUGUUAAUGUUAUUGAAGCAUUUUUUUCAUCGUCAAAAAAUAAAAGAGUAGAAAUAUUGAUUACCUCGAGAUUUCAUACAUGUGAUGUGGAUGAUGAUUAUGAGGGCUUAUUGUGUACAGUUCAUGUUGUGGAAUUUCACAAAAAUUCUUUAACUGAAAUUGAAAGCACGCAGAGAUGA